AACGAAUUAAUAAAUUUCUCAUCAUUUUGAAUGUUCGUUUCUCUAAGAGAAGCCGGAAGGCCUUUUGGGGAAAUGAGUCUCUGUGAGUGACUAUGGAAUCUGAAUCGGUCGAUGAAAUUUUGGAAGUUGCACCGCUCAAAUCACUUUAGGGUUCCUACUUAAAAUAAAAAUUGGUGUCAGUAAUGAAGAAAUUGUUCCUCUUCUCCGUUGAGCGAGAACUAUCGGAGAGGCUUCAGGCUUUGGUUACUGGUUUAGGGGUUCUAGGCUUUGACAGCUAAAUCUGCGGAAGCUGAAAGCUUGAGAUUCGAAAGGGGAUAUCUCUCUCAUGGAUAGGUUAAGUCAGUUGCCAGAAGAGCUGCUCUUGAAAAUACUGUCACAGCUACCUUCUACUAAAGAUGUUGUGGCCACAAUGGUUUUGUCUAAAAGAUGGCUUCCUCUUUGGAAGUUGGUGCCGAAACUCGUAUACGAUGAUCAUAGAUACCAGAGUAUUGAGUAUGGAAGGUUCUCGCGCUUUGUAGACAGGUCUUUGCUUUUGCACAAGGCUCCGAUCCUAGACUCUUUGCAUUUCAGAGUUGGUCAUACCUCUGGUGUUGCUGAUCUUCCACUAUGGACUACAGCUGCAGAUAAACACUCUGUGCGUGAGCUGGUUAUCGAGAUCUCCAGCUCAUCUACUGCAUCUCCAGCCAUUGUUCCAAGGAGUUUAUAUUCCAUGUGUAGAAUGCUUGUGACCUUGAAGCUACAGAGUGCGACUCUUGCGGAUGCUGCUUCCUUGCCUUCUUUCCCAUCCCUCAAAAAAUUGAGCCUUGUAUCCGUAAAGUACCCAGGUGGUGACGAAUUUGUCAGCAAGCUUUUAUCCACUUGUCCUGUGCUUGAAGACUUGGCUGUGGAGCAAUGCGCAGAUGACAACGUGACCAUUUUCACUGUUAAAGUUCCUUCUCUCAAGUGUGCAUCCUUACGAAAACCAUUCGCCAGACGUUCUGUAGAUGAAGGGAUUGUGAUAGAUGCUCCUUCUUUGGAGUACUUGGAGGUUGUUGAUUCAAGUGGUGGGUUUUUCGUCAUUGAGAAUGAUAUGCCUUGUAUUACUAAGGCAGAUGUUGUUCUCACUCAUCCCGCGGAGAUUCUGAGUUGUAUUACUUCAGCCAAGUUUCUCAAUCUAUGUUUACCAUACUCAAAGGAUGCAUAUCCUGCUGGUGGUGUCUUCCGCAGACUAGUAGAUUUAGAGAUAUGCACAUGUGAGACAGAAUGGUUGGAUCUACUUAUGCGUGUGCUCAGUGAUUCCCCUAAUUUACAAUCUCUCAAAGUAAAACAGUGGCAUUGCCUUCGAGAUGAAAAGCUGCGCCCGUGCUGGAAUGAACCGAGCUCAGUUCCUGAAUGUUUGUCAUCGAGUCUUGAAACUCUUGAAUGGGGCAAAUUCGAAGGAACAAAAGAAGAGGAAGAACUGGUGAAAUUUAUCUUAAGAAAUGGAAGCUGUUUGAAGAAGGUGACUAUUUCCUCUAAACUUUCCGACUCUGACAAGAAACUUGAGAUGCUUAAGAAGUUAUCGUUGUCGUUCAGGCGUUCACCUAUCUUUGGUCAAACCUGUGGUGCGGUAGAUAUUCCAGUAUGGACUAGAGCUGCAGAUAGACUCUCCGUGCGUGAGCUGAUUAUCAGCAUGGGUUUUAGUGUAUCUCCAGUCAUACUUCCAAGGAGUUUGUACACCAUGUGUAAAACGCUUGUGACGUUAAAACUAAAAUACGUGGGUCUUCCGGUUUUUUCUUCACCGGUGUCUUUCCCAUCCCUCAAAACGUUGAACCUUGUAUCCGUGAAGUACCCUGGUGAUGACUUUGUCAAGAGGUUUUUAUUCGGUUGUCCUGUUCUUGAGACCCUGUUUGUUGUGCAAUAUCCCGGUGACAAUGUCACCGUUUUCGCCGUUAGAGUGCCGUCUCUCAAGACUUUAAUGAUGUUUAAAUCACUAGACGGUACAGACAGAAAUGCGAAUGAUGCAGAUGGAUUUGCAAUAGACGCUCCUUCUUUGGAGGUCUUGUACAUUUGUGGUCGGUUUGGCGGAUUUGGUGUCAUUGAGAAUGAAAUGCCUAAUCUUGUAAUGGCAGAUAUUGAUGCUCGUUGUGGGUGUUAUAGCAAGGUUAUGGGCUCUAUAACUCCAGCCAAACGUCUCCAUUUACGUUUCCUCUAUCCAAAGGAUGUCCAUCCUGUUGGUAAUGUCUUCCACCGUCUUAAACAUUUAAAGAUGUCCAGGUGUGGAACAGAGUGUUUCAAUACGCUUAUGUGUCUGCUCAGAGAUUCCCCUAAACUUAAAUCUCUCGAACUUAAAAAGUGCCAUCCCCUUCCCAAUGAACCGCGCCGCUUCUGGACUGAACCGAGCUCAGUUCCAGAAUGUCUGUUAUCGAGUCUUGAAACUCUGAAAUGGGUGAAAUAUGAAGGAACUGAAGAAGAGAAAGAAGUGGCAGCAUUCAUCUUAAGAAACGGAAGCUGUUUGAAGAAUGUAACCAUCUCCUCUACAUCCACUGACCGCGACAAGAAACUUGAGAUGAUCAAGGAGUUGUCGGUUUCGUUGUUGGGUUUUGAAAGCUUUGGGAUUCGAAAGGGAAUAUCUCUUAUGGAUUUGAUAAGUGAAUUCAAUGAAGCGCUGCUCUUGAGAAUACUCUCACAACUGCCUACUACAAAAGAUGUUGUGCGCACAAUGGUUUUGUCAAGACGAUGGCACUCUCUUUGGAAGGUGCCUAAACUCGUGUACGACGAUGAAGGCACUGAGUAUGGAAAGUUCUCGCGCUUUGUGGACAGGUCUUUGAUUCUGCACAAGGCACCAGUAGAAACCCUGCAUUUCAAACUUGUUCAAAACUCUGGUGUUGCUGAAAUUGGAAUAUGGAUCACAAUCGCAGCUAAAUGCAGUGUGCGUGACCUGAGCAUCGAUAUCGACUGUUCUUCCAGUACCACGCCAGUCAAAAUUCCAUGGAGUUUCUAUUAUAGAGCAUUUCAAAUGCUAGUGGCAUUGAAACUAGCGAGUGUGGUUCUUGCGUCUAGUUCCUUGCCUUCUUUCACAUCCCUCAAAAAACUGGGCCUUGUAUCCGUAAAGUACACAGGCGCUGAUGAAUUUGUCAAGAGGCUUUUAUCAAGCUGUCCUGUUCUUGAAGACUUGGCCGUGGAGCAAUGUAAAGAUGACAACGUGAGCGUUUUCUCUGUUAACGUCCCUUCUCUCAAGAGUGCAUCCUUCUCAAAAUCAUCAUCCAGAUAUGGUGAUGAAGGGAUUGUGAUAGAUGCUCCUUCUUUGGAGUACUUGGAGGUUGUUGAUUCAAGUGGUGGGUUUUUCGUCAUUGAGAAUGAUAUGCCUUGUAUUGUCAAGGCAGAUGUGGUCGUCACUCACCCCGGGGAGAUUCUGAGUUCUAUAACAUCAGUGAAGCGUCUCAUUUUAUGUUUACCAUAUUCAAAGGAUGCAUAUCCUGCUGGUAGUGUCUUCCGCAGUCUUGUAGAUUUAGAGAUAUGCACAUGUGAGACAGAAUGGUUGAAUCUACUUAUGCGUAUGCUCAAUGAUUCCCCUAAUUUACAAUCUCUCAGGCUAGAUCAGUGGCACUGCCUUCGAAAUGAAGAGACGCGCUCGUGCUGGAAUGAACCGAGCUCAGUUCCUGAUUGUUUGUCAUCGAGUCUUGAAACUCUGAAAUGGGUGAAUUUCGAAGGAACAAAGGAAGAGAAAGAAGUGGUGAAAUUUAUCUUAAGAAGCGGAAGCUGUUUGAAGAAGGUGACUAUUUUCUCUAAAACCUCUGACACUCACAAGAAACUCGAGAUGAUCAAGGAGUUGACAUUGUCGACCAGGCGUUCACCUAACUGUCAGCUUGUAUUCUCCUGAAUGCUACAGUACGACAUGUCAAGUAACAUCAUGUUGGUUCUUGUUUGGUAUGGAUCUUAGAUAAGCUAGUAUUAGCCUUUAUGUUUUUUUUUUAUUCCAUAUUUUUAGCUCUUUGAAUUCCUUAUUUUCUUUCACUAAGUCUCUACCUACUAAAAGAAAGAAAGAAUCAUAAGAACUAUAUGCCCAUCAUUACCAUCUUUGAUCUUAUGGUCUUUUCCCCCA